AUGAGUAAAUUAGAGAGAGACAUGAAUUCAUACAGAGCCAAACUUAACCUUUAUACCAAAGAACUGAGGAAGGCUAAAAGGGAUUCAUGGGCUAGGCACUGCGAAUCAGUUCCUGGAUUGGAAGCGACUACAGAUUACAUUCCACCCUUGAUAGAUUUCAAUAAAAAAUUUUCCAUUUUAAUACCAGAAAGAAAAGGAUGGGAUCACAAUUCGCUUAUCAGCAAACAAGGAAUACCCUUCUACACUGAUGGUUCAAAAAUGGAAUCAGGAACAGGAGCUGGGGUGUUCUGCAAACCUCUCAAUAUUAGAGAAUCAUUCAGACUCCCAGACGAUUGUAGUGUCUUUCAGGCUGAAAUUUUUGCUAUAGAGAAAGCGGCAGAAUUGGUACUCAAAGAAAAACUAAUCUCCUCGGAGAUUACAUUCUUUGUGGACAGUCAGGCUGCUAUCAAAGCUCUAGACAGUGAGACAAUAAGAUCCAAGGCGGUUUUAAACUGCAGGAAAAGAAUCAAUAGUAUUUGCUACACUAACCAAGUUAAACUCUGCUGGGUUCCUGGACAUAGCAAAAUAGAAGGGAAUGAAAUAGUGGAUGAACUAGCUAGGUUAGGCUCAGCAUCAAAUGAGAACAUUAACAUCCAAUUAGCAAAGGGACCAGAUAUCCCUAUCGGUGUGCUCAAAAGGAGAAUAGACCUAUUGACUAGAGAACAAAUCAAUAACACCUGGAAAACUAGGGACGAUUGCAUUAUUUCUAGAAGUUUAUGGCCCAAAACCAAUGAAAAAGAAACUCGGUAUUUAUUAUCCCUGAGCAAAAAGAACAUUAGAGUCUUGAUAGGUGUACUUACGGGUCAUUGUGCCAUUGGCACAAUGGCUAUUAGAAUGGGUGUAUUUGCACCUGAUUUCUGUAGGAGCUGUCAAGAUGUAGAGGAGAUAGAAUCCAUUAAACACCUGCUCUGCGAAUGUCCAAACCUCCAAACAAACCGACUUCGUUUCUUUGGAACGAGGUUCGUGGAAGAACUGGACGAUCUAGCGCAGGUACCAAUGGCUAACAUGAGAAAAUUUAUUGAGAGUACAGGAUGGUUCGUUAAUGAGCCAGUCUUUGUAAACCGAUAG